UCUUUAUCAUUUUUGUAGGUGUGCUUUAGCUUAUUCUGACCGGUGGCUCAAUUCUUUCGUAACUUUGUUGUUUUAGAAAUAUUUAUCAAAUAAAAGUUUAACUAACGCUAUGAACAACCUAUUCAAGUUAUUAAGAAAGCCAGCCACAACACUUUUCGGUGUAGCACAGUCGGUGCCAAAAAGGUUUUACGCGGCACCGCCAAAACGUUUCUAUAAGAAAACUUCAGUACUGUAUAAUGAUGGCAAAUAUGAAGUCACACUCGAUAGUCGGAAGCUGAAAACACCAAAUGGCACCUUGUUCACAGUGAAAAGUGAACCACUAGCAAUAGCUGUGGCAACAGAGUUCGAUGCACAAAAAGAGCAUAUUGAACGCUCCAAAAUGCACUUGUCUGCAUUGUGCUUCACCGCACUAGACAAUCCCAAUAGGCACACCAAAACGGAUAUGGUCAAUUAUAUACUCAAUUACAUCGCUACGGACACAGUGCUUUUUCAAUAUGAUGACGAAAAAGAUUUGCAUGAAUUACAACGCAACGAAUGGGAUCCCAUAAUACAGUGGUUCAAUGAGCGCUAUGGCACAAGUUUAGAAAAAACUAUGGUUAUGUCGCCACCAAAUGUGAGCGCUGACGACAAAAUGAAAAUCUCCAAAUACUUGAUGUCGCACAGUGAUGACGUGCUAUUUGGUUUCAUCUACGCAGUGGACACUUUAAAAUCCGUUUUACUAUCUUUCGCUGCAAUUGAUCAGCGCAUAAGUGUCGAUAAGGCUGCUGCGCUGUCGCGCCUAGAAGAAGAAUAUCAAUCGCAAUUUUGGGGACGCGUCGAGUGGGCGCAUGAUAUAAGUCAGCAAGAGUUGCAAGCGCGCUUGGCAGCCGCUGUACUCUUUGUGCAUCUCAAUCGUUCUGAACAUUUUGUUAAGGAAAAGUUAAUUGUUUAAAGAGUUUAGUGUUAAAUCAUGCAAUUGUUGAGUGUUGUUAGCUUAAGUAGCUAAGUGUGCCUGAAAAAAAUUAUAUAAAAAUAAAAUAUGUACGCUACGCAACAA